AUGUUGGACAUAAAUCUGUUCAGGGAAGAUAAAGGUCACAACCCCGAAAUCAUUCGCGAAUCUCAGCGACGUCGUUUCGCCAACGUUGAUCUCGUUGAUGCGAUCAUUCAACUUGACAGAGAAUGGCGUCAGCGUCAAUAUGAGCUCGAUCAGUUGCGGAAAGAUUUUAACAAGAUUAACAAAGAAGUAGCAAAGCUCAAAAUUUCGGGAGGGGAUGCGAGCAAAAUGAUUAAGAAUACUGAGGAUAACAAGCAAUUAACUGCAACAAAAGAAGCAGAAGUUCAGGAAGCUCGAGCAGCACUAUAUUCAAGAUUGGAAGUUAUUGGAAACCUUGUGCAUGAUUCAGUUCCAGUUAGCAAUGAUGAGGCAAACAACGCCAUAAUUCGAUCUUGGGGGGAGACAAGGUCCGAACCAAAACUUAAAAAUCAUGUAGAUCUUGUUGAGCUUCUUGGAAUUGCAGAUAUAAAGAAAGGUGCUAAUGUAGCAGGAGGUAGAGGCUUCUAUCUGAAAGGAGAUGGUGUAUGUCUUAACCAAGCUUUGAUCAACUUUGGUCUUAAUUUUUUGAAGAAAAGGGGGUACACGUCAUUGCAGACUCCAUUCUUCAUGAGAAAAGAUAUUAUGGCGAAGUGUGCUCAAUUAGCGCAAUUUGAUGAAGAGCUUUACAAGGUAACAUAUCUGAUGCUUUAA